CGUCAGUGCGCAUGUGCGACGGCCGGUACUGGCGGCUGCUUGUUUCUUGGUCUGAGCUUUGGUGUGGGCUCCGGGGAUUGUCCGGCACAGCCACCCCCAGACCGGCACCAUGAAGAUGCAGGAGCCCAAGAAUCAGAGCUAUCUCUGCCUGGCAGUUCUGGCUGAGCACACGAGAAAGCUGCCUUAUCAGUGUCUUUAUAUCUGCAACCUACAGUGGACCCGAUGCUUUUCAAAGAUCUAAAGUCAGCUGCAACAAAGCCCCAGAGGUGGACUAAGAUGCAAGAUGAGAUGGUCGCUAACUUGGGCCUUUCCACCAGACAGGCUCUGACAGUGUUACAUAACCAACUAGCUGUAAUCCUGGAAGAGCAUCAGAAGCAGCAGAGAAAGAAGGAUUCCUGGAAGGAAGCAUGGCUUAAGGGCUUCCUCAACCCCAACUGCCGAUUCUCCAGCUUCCAUUGGCCAGGGGCAGCACUUAUGCUGCUGGCUGCCAUUUUGCUGCUGUGUUGCUAUGGCAGCCAACCAAAUGGAAGCCAGGGCACUGCAGUACUGAAUGCUACAGUGUUGUUCCUGCUUCUUUUCCUCAACCUAUAUGUGAUUGGGAGACAGGGGAGACUGAAAAAAGGAGAGGUCAUGGCCAGACUACAAGCAAUCAUCAAUAAGCUGAAUGAAGCACUUAUGGGUAAUGAGGAUCUGAGAUGGGAAGAUGCAUUGUACCCAGACCUCUUUAUGCCCUGUGCUCCAUCCUGGUCAGUCCACUGGGCCUAUCGAGAUGGGCAUCUGGUUAAUCUUCCAGUAGGUUUGUUAGUGGAAGGUGAUAUCAUUGCACUUAGACCUGGCCAGGAGUCCUUUGCCUCUUUAAGAGGAAUUAAGGAUGAUGAGCACAUAGUACUAGAGCCUGGUGAUUUGUUUCCCCCGUUUUCCCCCCCACCAACACCCAGGGGGAAAGGAAAGAAGGGACCCGAGACUCCUCAGCAGCAUAGACUCUUCAGAGUAGUGAGAACUCCGGUUCUUGAAAACGUCAGGCGGAGCCUGGACCUAGCACUAUCUCGGCCUGUCACUGCACUUGACAAUGAGCGUUACACUGUACAGUCAGCAAUGGAAAAAUACACAGUUCCUUUUGUUCUGGCUUCGUUUCUGAUUACAAACGCUGUGCGAUUUGCAUUCAAAGCACCUGGAAUUGGCAGUUGGCAGUUCACCUUCUUUCAGCUUCAGGUGAAUGGCGUUCUGCCUAUCCUUCCCUUGCUCUUCCCUGUGGUGUGGGUGCUCGUCACAGCCUAUGGAGAGGCUAGAGUCUUAGCACAGUUCAGCAAGGCUCCUCCAGUUGGCCUGUUGGCAAAAUUCUCCGAGGACACACUCAGCAGCUACACUGAAGUGGUUACUUCGAAGGAAAUGAUAUUCUGCAUCUGGAGUCACUUUCUGUCACUACUGCGAGGAAGAUCUCUUACCUUGUGCUACACUUCCAGUCUGCUUCAGAACCUGGGCUCUGUUACAGUGCUUUGCUGUGUUGACAAACAAGGAAUACUGUCCUGGCCCAAUCCCAGUCCAGAAACUGUUUUGUUCUUCAGUGGACGUGUGGAGCCACCCCAUGACAGCCUAGAGGACCUGAAAGAUGACUUGUCCAUGAGAUCCUUUUGUCACCCAGAGAUGGAAGAUGAGAAGGAUGAGCCCAGGGAGGCUGAUGCUCUGUUGCCUACCACUGGCAUGGAAUUUGUACACAUCACCAAUGAAAUGGGACAGGACAAAGACGAGAAGACUGAAAGCACUCCACGGUCGAGGAAACGCAGUGAAAAUCGACGGUGCAAGCACCUGUCAGGUUCCAAUGUCAGCUUCAGCAAAGACACAGAAGGAGGGGAGGAUGAUAUGACGCAGGUGAGUGGUAUUGGUGAAGACCUGGGCCUGGAAGCAGAAGAUUACAUCUGCGAUUACCACCUGGAAAUGCUGAGCCUGUCACAGGAUCAGCAGAACCCAGCCAGUAUCCAAUUUGAUGACUCAAACUGGCAAUUUCACAUCUCCUCACUGAAACCACUGGGUCUCAAUAUCCUCCUCAACCUGUGCUACUCCACUGUUACUGAACAGAUGUGCCGCUUCUCCGAUCACCUGUCCAAUAUUGCCCUGCAGGAAACGCCAGGCUCAGCCAUGCCCAUUCACAUUCCUUGGGGGCUCUGUGAAUUAGCCAGACUCAUUGGCUUUACUCCUGGAGCCAAAGAACUCUUCAAGCAAGAGAAUCACCUGACCAUGUAUCAACUUCCAACAGUAGAGAUGGUCAAAGAACCAGUGCCACAGCGACUGUUGUAUGUAACAAAGAGGCGACCACCACUCAGUCACAUGAUCAGCCUUUUUGUGAGAGAUACAUUGACCAAUAGUGUACAGAUGCUGUCUCAUGGCACAGCUGACCUCAUCCUGGAGGCAUGCACAGAUUUCUGGGAUGGAACAGACAUUUAUCCGCUCUCUGGCUCCGACAGGAAAAAAGUGCUGGAUUUCUACCAACGUGCCUGUCUCUCUGGCUACUGUUCAGCUUUUGCCUACAAACCAAUGCACUGCACCCUGUCCUCUGAGCUGAAUGGCAAGUGCAUUGAAUUGGUUCAGGUGCCAGGUCAAAAUGCCAUCUUCACCUCCUGUGACUUACCAGGGACCACGCCCAUUAAGCAUGGCAGCAGGCGGAACAGCUGGAGCUCUGAUGAAGGAAUAGUGGAAGUGAUGGAGAAGGAGGACUGCAUCCAAGCCUUAAGUGGACAGAUCUUCAUAGGAAUGGUCUCCUCCCAGUAUCAGGCUCGGUCGGACAUAGUCCGGCUAAUCGAUGGGCUUGUCAAUGCAUGCAUCAGGUUCGUCUACUUCUCCCUGGAAGAUGAAUUAAAAAGCAAGGUAUUUGCAGAGAAGAUGGGUUUAGAGACGGGAUGGAACUGCCACAUCUCUCUGCUGCCGUACAGCGGAGGUCCUGGCUCCGAGAUCCCACAGUCCAGCCCAAGCCACACGGGCUCACUGCGUGAUGACCUUCAUCAGGAUUCGAAGGAUGAUGCAGAGGGAGCAUUGCUAAUGGAAGAAGAGCGACAUUCGGACCUCAUUAGCUUCCAACCAACAGACAGUGAUGUGCCCAGCUUUCUGGAAGAUCAUAACAGGGCUAAACUGCCUCGAGGAAUCCAUCAGGUACGACCACAUCUCCAGAACAUCGAUAAUGUGCCUUUACUGGUCCCUCUGUUCACAGAUUGCACUCAAGAAACAAUGUGUGAAAUGAUGAAGAUCAUGCAGGAGUAUGGGGAGGUGAUCUGCUGCCUGGGCAGCUCUGCCAACUUCAGAAAUAACUGCCUUUUCCUGCAGAGUGACAUUGGUGUUGCACUGGAUCCACUCUACCCGUCUCGAUGUUCCUGGGAGACCUUUGGCUAUGCUACCAGUGCCAAUGUUUCAUUUGAUUCUGAUGAACUUACACCUCUGCAGUUAUCUGGCCUCUUGAAUAGCCUGCCCUGUUCCAUUUCCUUUCACCAGGAGAGCAUCAGCAUCAUCAAACUCAUUGAACAGGCUCGGCACACAACAUACGGAAUCAGGAAAUGCUUCCUCUUCCUGUUACAAUGUCAGCUUACUCUAGUCUUCAUUCAGUUUCUGGCCUGUCUGGUUCAGCUGCCUCCACCACUCGGCACCACUGAUGUUCUCUGGUUGUCCUGCUUCUGCUACCCUUUACUGAGUGCCGCUCUGCUGGGGAAGCCGCCAGACAGUUCUGUGAUGACAGUAGCAACAGGAAAAAACUUUGUAUUCAUUCCAAAAAAGACUCAGCAACACUUUCUAGUGUGCUUCCUGAUCAAGUUCAGCAUCACGAUUUUUGCCUACCUCAUUUGCUUUGGGUUUAUGCUGCAAGAGUUUUGUAAAAAAUCCAAUUCCUCAAGCAUUGCCAACUGCUCAUCCAUAAUGAACAGCUCUGCAGAGGGAGCCCCCAUGUGGUUUGACAAGUAUUCCAAUGGCUUAUUGCUGGCUCAGAAGGUGAUGGCCUGUUUCAUUGUUCUACACACAGUAUGCAUCUCCAUCAGCCAUGUUCAUCGGUCCAAAACACUGUGGAGGAAAAGCCCCUUCAGCAACUUAUGGUGGUGCUUCACUCUCCCUGUUGUGAUAGUGGGCCAAAUCAUAUUGGUGAUGGUGGAUUUAAAACUCUGGAAGAAUAUGGAUACCCCAUUAACCUUUGAUGUGCAGGAUAUCCCGCUGAUCUCCUGGCUCCUUGGUUUCCUGUCUGUCAUUCUAGUGAUGUUAAUUAAUGAAGUGGUCAAGCUACAUGAAAUUAGAGUGCGAGACCGUUACCAGAAGAGGCAAAAGCUACAGUUCGAAACCAAGCUGGGAAUGAAUUCUCCGUUCUGAUGCUGGGUCUGGUGCUAGAGAGCUACAUCGACAACUACAGGGAAGCUCCUCAACUGACUUCAAUUAGGUCAGGUUAUUAAGUCAGCUGGACCAUGGGCACCAGAUUAUUACUGCAUGGAGACUUCAGAACCUCACUGGAAGCUGCCAGCCUGGUGUCAACUGAGGGGUUUUACCAGAUAUCCUAGGACAGAGAUACAUGGAGCAUAAAAACACAGAAUGCUGUGCUUUAGGAGGUGGCACCUGGAACUGCACGUUAGCACAAGCAAAAGGGAAAAAAGAUUUAUUAAAUUGAUGUACUCUGGUGUAAAGUCUGAAUACCUACCUCCAAUCGUUGGAGAGAGAGCAUAAUUUUAACAUUGUAGCUUCUUUCCACCAAGCAUGUCUAUUGGGCUAUAUAGCCCAGGAGUCACACCACAGUGACAGGAUGAGGAACUGCUGCUUCAUUGAAGAGUAUGAUAUGGGUUGUAACUUCACAAGCAGAUUGUGAAAGCUGACCAAGGGGGAUCGGUUGUCUUUACUGAUUGUGGGUUUGAAGUCCCAAAUCCAUGCACCUGACAGCAUUGUAAUGUAAUGACCUCAUGUGAUGAAGAGAGUUUCACCCAUAGAAGUGUCUUACAGAGAGGGAGUUUCCUCCAGCUUCAAUUUUCAAAUUUCUUCCUGCCAUGGGGAUUUCCUACGCCAGCCAAGGCAGUGGGCAGUAGACAGGUGCCACCCCCACCCCCUAACCCCCCCACUUCACUCAUGACCUAUUUACCAGCUGCUUAGGGAUGCUUUUUAUAUAUUUUUUAAAAAGAAAGAUCUCUUUAGGUAACUAACUCCAGGAUUCUGGUCAGAAUUUGCCUUGUCAAGCCUAGCUGUGAAUACCCAUCUCACAGGGGUUGCAAGGUACGUGUGCGCAUAUCAGAUUGUAUUUCAUUGGAGAGGGAGUAAUAGUGUGAAUUGUACCUGAAGUAGUUCUACUGUAUAUUGGUGGGAGUGGGGUAAAUGUUUCAGAUCGGUGCUUGCCUGCUUUCCCAGCUGUGAUUGUUCAGUGAUAGGAACACUCCUGUGAAAAGAAUUGACUGCACAAGUGGACUGGAUCAAUAGAUACUGUCAUGCCAGUGGCAUCUAAUUGAUCAUAGCACUGGCCAUAUCCUUGUGUUCCCAUGCUAUCUACACACCAGUCUUUUUUCCCCCCUAGUGGAUUGCAGCUCCAUGUCAUAACACCACAUCGAAUUAAUGCUGAAGUUUUUCCUCUCUCUCUUCAGCCAAUGCAGGUUUUUACAUUUCCACACCGUCCAGAAUAAAAUGUGCACUGGACUGAAGACACUGGGUAAAAUAAGCUGCUCAAAGUCUGUAACAAACAUGAGACGAGUCAUCACAGCUUCUGCAUUUAGCGGCUGUGGACGGCUAUGAGUGAGGGGGUCUACAAUGGACCCAUAUUCAAGUUUGUUACACUCCUAGUUUAAAGUGAAGGUGAUGGAAGACAUUCUCUCCACAUUGGUAAAGAAUUGAAAACCUGCAGUUUCAGAUAUGCGAUAUGCAAUAAAAAAAAUCACGUUUAAUGUGAAAUAGUCAUCUGGGCCGUUUAAUAUUAAAUCGAUAAUACUGUGAAAUAUUGGGCACCUUGUGUCAAAGAGACUUACAAGGCUUCAAGUACUUGUUUAGUUCCUAACUGCUCAGGUCCUCUGGUUUCUGUUAAGGCUGUUGUAAUUAUGAUCAAAUUUUCCUGCUAUCAUUGUCCUUCUCUCCAGCUUCCACUUGCCUCUAUUUAUUUGUUACAACUUGAAACAAUUUUAUAUUUCCAGAGAGGAUCAUGUCAACAGCUGCACUUAAACAGUGAGCACCAUGCAAGAGACGUCACUGCAAUAUGUGUUAAUAGGUGUACAAUUCUGCAUUUGGGAGGUCCGCAACAUCACCAAGAGGCGAUUUUGCCCUUUGUCUCUAUUGCCCACAUACCUUAUUACACUAUGUUAUAGACUUCAUUUCAAAUGUGGUAGGAUUUAGCAGCAUAUAGUGUGAAAAGCAGUACAAAUGCAGGAAUUGGUACGAAUGACGUAGUGAUCACAUGGUGUGUGUGAAAUGUUACUUUUACCCACUAUGUACUCUAGUCAGUGAAAUCCAGUAAGUUUGUGUUUUGAAUCCAGCAAGGAAGGGUAUGAUGAUGAAAGCAGUAGAGGUUAAGAGAUGGGAACAUUGCCUGCCUGCUCAGCAAAUGCUUGUUUAACCUUGUGCAUUACAUACAUGCCUGUGGGUAUCCACGCACAAGCCCACACAUGUGCCAAAUCAGAUAUCUUGCAACCCACUUUAAUUCAGUGAUUAUAGACAAUUGUUUGCUUUUGAAAAACCACAUCAACUCAUCCCAAGACUAUCAUCAUGCUCGUACUUCACUAU